UCUUCAAGAACCGAGUAUUUCUACCUCAAUUAAUCGCCAGGAUCGUCUGCGCUGGGGCCGCUCUUCCAAUCCAAAGGCGUCUGCUCAGGCGCCACGAGCCAAUCCGCCGUCAAGAGGUGGGCGGAGGCGAUAGAGCAAAUGCCCAGGGAGGGUCGAGAGCACGUCCAGAGCUCUGGUCUGGUGCUACCGCCUCUCCAGUUGCCUCAGACCUCAAACUUCAAAUGUAGACCGAGCCUGUGCAAAGGAACAUGUAUGGCGGCUGGGAAAGGCGAGCGUAGUGGUAAAGUCCAAGGCGCAAUUCAGACUCGGAUCUUUUCUUGGACUUGCCAUGAAUCAUUGGUUCCUGCACAAUCGUAAACCGAGGCAGUCCGGAUUCCUUGAUUGCCAGAGCUGGAUUCCCGGGUUGCAGGAGGCGGGACUUAACAGCUUCGUCAGACUCAGUCCUCCAAUCUUAACAGACGAGUACAACCCAUUCCUGGCUGCUGUUUCCACUCAACGAGAAGGUGCGUGUCAGUGAUUGGUACAAAGUGACUUACAUGCCUAAAGGGUGGCAAGGAAAAUUGGAAGACGGCUAAAACACAGUCAUGUUUUCUGUUUGGCACACUACUCUCUCUCUUCAUGGGAACUACAAGAGGUUGGGUUGCCUCUUAAUUUUCACUGUAAGUGUAUGUUGUAGUGCCUCUUUAAUGUGCCCCACCACUUGCAUUUGUGCCAGUGACAUUAUGAGCUGCACCAGCAGAAACCUCUCAAGGGUGCCAUCAACUCUUUUCAAGCACAUAAAAAGACUGGAUAUGAGUCACAACAAAAUUGGGAUUUUGGAUCAAGACUGGAUACCCAUGCUGCUUGAGAAGUUGAACACCCUCAUCCUCAAUCAUAACAACAUUUUCAGUAUUUCUAUUGGGAGCUUCUCAGUUGUUCCAAACGUCAAGUACCUAGACCUGUCAUCCAACAAUUUGAAGUCAUUGGGCAGUCCUAUAUUUCAGGAACUGAGAAUGCUGGAGAUUCUGUUGCUUUAUAACAAUCAUAUUGCACAGGUUGAUUCUGCUGCUUUUGGAGGAAUUCCUACACUGCAAAAGCUGUAUUUAAGUUACAACUCUCUCACACGCUUCCCAAUUGAACUCUAUACUGGGAAAUACAAGCUCUCCGAACUGGUAUUCUUAGAUCUUUCUUAUAAUCGGAUCCAGUCAAUACCAGUUAAUGGCAUGAGAUUAGUACCAGCCCGACACUUAAGUGGAAUUUAUCUUCAUGGGAAUCCAUUUCAUUGUGACUGCAUACUUUAUUCUAUGCUGAACUUGUGGUACCUUCGACAUUUUACUUCAGUGGAAAACUUCAAGAGUGAAUACACAUGCAAUAAAGAUGCCCAAAAACUGCCUUUAUUGCAGAACAAUUAUUUAAAUUGUUCAGAAAGCGCUAUUAAUGGUUCUUUUCAUGCCUUUGGUUUUAUUCACGAAGCACAAAUUGGUGAGCGAAUUAUAAUACCCUGUGAUACCAAAAUCAGUGAUGCUGGGACUAGUUUUAUUUGGAUCAGCCCAGAUAAUCAAGUUUUAGAGCCAGGAAAGUCAACUGAACAGUUCAAAGUAUUUCAUAAUGGGAGCCUGGAAAUAGAUGAUGCUCAGUAUGAAGACACUGGACUUUAUUCCUGCAUUGCAAUAAAUAAGAAAAGAUUACUGAAUGAAACAAUUGAAGUAAGAAUAAAUGUCAGCAAUUUCACAGUCGACAAAUCUUACUCACAUGAAACAUUUAACACUGCUUUUACAACCCUUGCAGCUUGUGUAGCCAGUAUUAUUUUGGUACUUCUUUACCUCUACUUGACGCCCUGUCCUUGUAAGUGCAAGUCAAAGAAAAGGAAAAGGCAAUUAAACCAAAAUAGCACAUCUCAUGCAUCUAUACUAACCUCCAACACACCCCUCAAUCUUCCAUUAGAUGAGAAGAAGGCUAGCAGUGGCAAAAGAGUGGUGUUUCUUGAACCUGUGAAGGAACCUAAACCAGGUCAAAAUGGAAAAAUCAGAAUAUUUCCCAAUGAGACUGUAAUUGCUGAAAGCAUCCUGAAAACAUCCCGAACAAAAUCAGAUUCAGUUUCCACAAACUCCACAUUCUCAGACAUGCCUUUCAUGCCAUCAUCUUAAGUGUUCCUCCUGCACUGAUGUCAUAACCCUCUCAUCACCGGCCACAGCUUUAUCCAAUAUUGAAAGAAAAGUCAUGGAAAACUUCUGAUUUUUUAAGAAAAUGGAAAUCUUGAAGGUUGAAAUUAAUUGCUGUUAUCUUCUUGUUCUUCUCAGUGGGAAGAAUAUGCAUUAAUCUUACAACAUUCAGGAGGAGCUCGUUAUAUGACAGGAGUAGUAGAGUAGGGUGGUAUACCUUGUAUUCUUUCUAAUAUUUCCUCUGAAACGAAUUAGGAGGUAGCCUUAUGGAGGAACAUGUUUGAUGUUCCUCAUUCAGUGGAAGAAAGCUUACACAGUAGAAGUCCUAUCGGCUUAGGCCCCAGCUGUUUCACUGUAUAGAAUCAGUGGGAUUGUAUUAUCAGGGAUGAGACUUUUACUCAAGUAUGUCUUAUAGUGUUUAUAGAAGAACAAAAUAGCCAUUUAUUCAAUUUCUGUUCAUUGCCUUGAGAAACGGGGUACAUAAAGAAGCAAAUAAAUUUAUAUAAUCCAGAAUAUUCCCAAAUAAUGUUUAAUGUUUAGAUAAAUUUCAAAACUGGACAGAGAUUAGGGUUUUCUUUUUCUGUAAUGAAUUUUAAAAUCUAGGAAUGGAAUGUAUGGUAAAUUUAGUAAGAGAUAAAAUGAUAACUUUUACAGAACUCAUACUGUCCAGAGAUAUGAUUAUUAAACCAAUUAAGCCUUGAAGGUCUGUAUUUCAGAAGGACAUCUCUUUAAUCUUGUUAAGAAACCCAUAGUCCAAAAGUAUUUAAGACGUCCAUCUACUGUAUGGUGAGGAGAGAGGUGCACUAUUGGAAUGUCUGUCUUUACAGGUCUUAAAGGGAUAAGAGCCAUGAUACUGUAGAAGUAUAUCCAGCCUAUUUGUUUGGAUUAAAAUUUAUGUAUGUGUGCUGUGUGGACUGAGCAGAAAAUGUCUACAAAAAAGAAUGCAUAUAAUUAGUUUUAUAAAAUAAAGAUUUGUGCAAUUAGAUAUUUUAUAUAAGUUCCACUGCACUUUGACUAUUUUUGAUGACCUAUUUAGAGCCAUAAUACAAACUGUUGAUCCCAAGAUAAAUGUUGCUUUCACAUCAAUGGCAUGAAUACCUACACUUUAUCUUCUGUAGAACAUUGAAUUUGAUUGUUUAGAGCUUUAGUUGAAAAAUUCCAACGAGUUAAGCUAAUUCUGUUAGUCAUUAUUUAAUGUGCAAGUAUCAAAGCAACAAUUCAUGAAGCUUCCAUCUUGUGAAGUUUUGAUAUAAGUCAUAAUUUUCAGGAUGAUCCAUUCCAUUAGAAAGCUGGAAGUGUCUACAAGUCAAAUAUACUUUAGCAUAGCUUUGUGUUAGUAAAUGAAAUAUGAAAAACAAUAAAUUAUAUGCAAGUUACUUAUUUUGCAUAGCAUUGUUUGUCCCAUUUGGGUUCCUGUCAAAUUGGUAGACAGUUCUGCAGUGACAUGCGGCAUUGAUUACAAUUUGUUGGUUUUGUGUAUAACUUGCAGAUGAGGGUCUUCCUUUCUCUGCUGGCUGACAAUUGCAACCCUCAAUCAGAAUAGAGCUGGAAGAUCUUCUAAUCCAGCCCCCUGCUCAAACAGAAGACACUAUACAAUUUCAGAUACGUGGCUGUCUACUCUUUUCUUAAAAAUCUCCAAUGAUGAAGCACCUACAACUUCAGAUGGCAAGCUGUUCCACUGGUUAAUUGUCCUUACUUUUAGGAAGUUUCUCCUUAACUCCAGGUUGCUUCUCUCCUUGAUUUGUUUCCAUCCGUUGUUUCUUGUCUUGUCUUCUGGUGCUUUGGAAAAUAUAUUGAUGCCCCUCAAAUACUGGAAUACUGCUAUCAUGUCACCCCCAGUCCUUCUUUUCUCUAGACUGGCCAUACCCAAUUCCUGCAUCUGUUCUUAUAUAUUUUUGUCUUCAGGCUCUUAAUCAUCUUAGUUGCUUUCUUUGCACUUUUUCCAAAGCCUCAACAUCUUUUUGAAAUGCGGUGACCAAAACUGGGAAGUGUGGUCUUACUAAGGGUUUAUAAAGUGGUACUAAUACUUCACAUGAUUUUGAUUCUAUGCCUUUGUUUAUACAACCAAGGAUUGUAUUAGCUUUUUUGUCUGCUGCUGCACCCUGCUUGCUCAUGUUUAAGUGAUUGUCCACUAGGAUUGGUGGCACAAUGGUUAGAAUGCAGUACUGCAGGCUAUUUCUCCUGAGCACUGGCUGCCAGCAGUUUGGCAGCUCGGAUCUUACCGGCUCAAGGUUGACUCAGCCUUCCAUCCUUCCGAGGUUGGUAAAAUGAGGACCCAGAUUAUUGGGAGCAAUAUGCUAACUCUCUAAACUGUUUAGAGAGGACUGUAAAGCACUGUGAAGUAGUAUAUUAGUCUAAGUGCUAUUGCUAGUGCUAUCCCUCUCACAGUUACGGUUUUUGAGCCAGGUUAUGCCUCUGGUUUGGUUUUUCCUGUCUAGGUAUAAAACCUUGCUUUUCUCCACAUUAAAUUUCAUGUUGUUGGAGAGGGCCCAUUGUUCAAGCCUUUGUUCCUUCUAAGCCUUUGCUUUUCUGACUUCAUCUUUGCAGAUUUAGGCUAUUUGCUGAUAUUUUGCCUUAGUUAUAUGUCCCUUUUUCCACUUUUUGUACUUAUCCUUUUUGUCUUUCAGUUUAUCAGAGAGGUCUUUGUGCAACUAUGCUGGUUUCUUCUUGGAUUUCUUGUUUUUCUUUUUUAGUGAUAUUGUGUUGCACUGGGAUUUUAUGAUAAUAUUUUUCAGAGUUUCCCACACUUCUUGAGUUAUUUUCCCCUUUAGGAUUUUUAUCCACAGAUUUUUUUUCUUAGUCUCCCUCUGAAUUUGUUAAAAUCAGCUGUUUUAAAGUAUAAGACUGUAUUGUAUUCUAUUACUUGUGUUUGCAUUAUAUUGAAUUCCAAUAUGACAUGGUCACUUUCACCCAGUUUCAACUCCCUCUAUCACUUCUUAUCUAUUAGUAAGAAUUAGAUCUAGUAUAGCUUUUCUUCUAGUUCUCUCCUCUACCUUUUGGAUGACAAAGUUGUCAGCUAAGUUGGUUAGGGAUCUGUUUGAUCUCCCACUUGCUGCAGAGUUUGUUUCCCUGUUGAUAUCAGGGUAGUUAAAGUCUCUCAUUACUACUCUGGUAUGUUUCCUACAUACAUUUGUUAAUUGGUUAGCAAAAAGUUCAUCUAUUCUGCUUGGUUGGUGGGGGGGUCUGUAGUAAACACCUAUAGCAAUGUUAUUUUUUUCCUUUUAUAUUGACCCAUAUGGAUUUUAGGAGGUUUUCAUCCUUAGUUUUGUGUAGAGAUGUAGUGAUCUUUUAUAUAUAAUGCAGCUCUACCUCCUCUUAUGUUAGGUCUGGUUUUUUUGAAUAGUUUGUAUUCUUCCAUCAGUGCAUUCCAUUCAUAAGUUUCUUCCCACCAAGUUUUAGUAAUCUACCUUCAUGUAUUAAUACUUCAAGUUCACCCUGUUUGUUUCCUAAACUUUAAGCAUUAGUGUAUACACAUUUGAGUCCUUUAUGGGUCUUGGGUAAGUUUUUUUAUAUCCUACGUUGUAACUGGGAUUUCCAUUUUUUCAUCAUUGGAAAUAAGUUCUAAAGGUCAUGAAGAUUGCCCCUCCCCCAAUCUUAGUUUAAAGCCCUUUUGAUAAGAUGAGCCAGUCCUUUUCUGAAUAUAUUCUUUUCAGUUCUUGUGAGGUGCAGUCCAACCCUUUCCAGUAGCCCUUCUUGUAGUUAAUACAAACAUGGUCUAGGAAGCCGGAGUUCUGUUGACAACACUAGUUUUUAAACCAGUGGUUCAUUUCUAAAAUUCUUCGCUCUCUCAUUGGAUGUUGUUCCAACUUAGUUAGAAGUAUAGAUGAAAACAUCCCUUUGAUGAAAACAUCAGGGGUGUCAAACUCAAUUUCAUAGAGGGCUAAUCAAGGUUGUGUUUGACCUUGGGAGCUGGGGUGGAUGUGGCCAGGUGGGCAUGGCCAGCUUUAUGUCACUCAUGUCGGCAUUUGGUGGCCCGAGCACUCUGGCAGUGAAAAUGGGCUCCUAAGUUCCAUUUUCAGCUACGACAGCCUCCUGUCACCUUCUGCCAGUGAAAAUGAAGCUGGGGGGGGGGCACACAAAGAGGACAACAGGAGGCCGUUGCAGCCAAAAACUGAGCCUGGGAGGGCCAUGCGUGGUCUUCCCAAGCUCCUUUUUCAUUGGUAGAGGCACUGCUGGUCGGUCCUUUGCUGUUUCUAGGGCAGCCCCACCAGCUAGAACUAAACUCCCGCAGGCUGGAGUUUGACAACCUUGGUGUAGAUGUAUAGAUGAAAACAAACUUGUUUUCAUCUAUACUACAUAGAAGUAUAGAUGAAAGCAACCUUUAAAAAGGAUUCUAUCAAAAUAUUGGUAAUUUAUUGUUACUGUUCCUGUGGAUAAACCAUAAGUCUAUUCUCCUUAGUCCCACAUCUCCAGAAUGAGUUGAAAACCACCAUAAUGAUGAUCACAACAUCACAAUAAAAACCCCAUUGCUUUCUCCAUGUGUGAAUGUUGACACAUGUACAGAUGUGUUGUAUAGGGGCUUCAGUAACACUGUCACAACCAUCAGCUUGUCUUUUAUUUUUGAAUUAUUCUUGCAAAUACUGCAAACUACUAUAUUCAUUUUCUAUCUGUUCUGAAACAUGAAAGAAUGUUAAAUGGUCUCCCUUGGUCUACACUUGAUAAAGUUGUGGCUAUCUUAGUUUUACUAUUCAAUGAUUGUUUAUAUCUUAGGUCAGCUAUAUUUUCUUUUGUCCAAAGCCCUUGAAGCCCUUACUUGUUACUAUAUAAGUUCAGGGACAUUCAGUCCUUACAGAAAUGGCUUAGAAUGACCAAACUUAAAAUGCUAUUUCUCUGUAGUUAAUGUAAUUUAAAUUAUUUUCUUUGCUUCAGUUCUUACUCUUAAGCAAAGGAGAAGCAGAGCAGUUUACCCUGUCAAGGACUUGCAUUUGUAAGAAUUAUAUGUGCAAUAGGCCAGUUUACAAAUCUAUAGUAAAUAUAAGUCUAAAGCUCUCUAUACCUUUACAUUCCAUGUGAUUUUCAUGUCAUCUUGGUUCAACAAUAAAGUAUCUUGAAAGAAAUUUUUGAAUCCCUGUGUCUUCGAUUUUGUAAGUGACCAAUUAAUAACCAACUAAAUAAAAAAUGAAAUGAAGUAAAAUGAACCUUCAAUAAUUAUCCCGUUUCCCCCAAAAUAAGACAUCCCCUGAUAAUAAGCCCAAUCAGUCUUUUGAGCGCAUGGCAAUAAGGCCAAGCACUUAUUUCAGGGUUAAAAAAAAUAUAAGACAGGGUCUUAUUUUUGGGGAAACAUGGUAUGUAUUGCUUUGUUUGUUUUGCUCUGCACAUAUUUAUUCAUUUAGCUAUGAAUGAAUAGGGAGAAGCAAAACUUCUAAAAAAGUUUUGCAACUGACAUCACACAUUGUGCUAAGCCAUGGUUUAAUCAUACUUUGCUCAACCAUGCUUUACUGCAUAGCCCCUAUUAGCUGAGAUUAGAAAUGCUAAGACAACACAAGAUAUAUUACAGAAUACAUAAUGUAUGUAAUGCAUAUGAUCAAAGUACAGUGUAUAAGACUAAGCAAAAUCUAAGCGUAUAAGAUUCAGGUCACCACUUUAUCUUCAAAAGUUGCAAAUGUGCAGAAGAAAGAAACAAUUUUGCUCUAUUGCAAUAAGUUUAAUGUGAACAAAGUGAUUUUAAGUAAUUUGGUGUAAUGGUCAGCAUUAAUCAUCUAUCCUGCCUUUCCGUGAGAAUCUAUAUGUAUAAAAAAGGAUGUAUGGAUGUAUAUAUGUUUGUUCAAGCAUAACUCUGGAAUGCCUUGAGCAAUUCUAACCAAACUUGGUACACAGAUGACUUAUUCCCUGGAAAAAAAUACUGUGGGGGUAAGACACCCCUAACACCCCUCGUGUGUGUGUGUUUUCCGGAAGAACUCUGGAAUGCCUCAAGCAAUUUCAAACAAACUUGGUACACAGAUGACUUACUCUCUGGAAAAAAUACUGCAGGGGUAACACACCCUUCAGGGUGUUUGUGUGUAUGUGUCCUGGCACACACAGCCCAGCUCAGCUCCACCGUGCAUGUGCACGCGCCUCCCGCUGGCCAGCUGAUAUUUAGGUCUGUGCCAUGAAUGAGCAGGGGUGUGUGGUACAAGCCCCUCUGCGGCCUAUUUUGGCUGCAGGGAGGUGUACUAUGCCAAAAAUGGGGUAGGGUGGCCCUCUCGCAGCCUGUUUUGACUCACAGGAGGCUGCAGGGUGGCCUACUAGGCCCAGAAUGGGCCCAAGUGGGGGGUCUGCCCACAUGCCCGGGAGGGAUUAGGAUGAAAAAAUAUCUGGGCAGCGCCGGAUCAUCAGCUAGUUGUAAAUAAAGCAAGAUAACAGAUCAAUGCCCCCAAAAUAAUAGAUAAACAUACUAAGCUUAGACAGAAUUGCCUUGGCAAUAAAGUCAGUGUUCUUGGCUGAAGUCUCUUUAGACAGAUUUUCAUAGUCAGAAGCCAUGUUGGGAUUUCUACUUCAAACCUAUUUUAAAGAUAACAGGAUAAGGAAAUAUAACAAGAGAAUUUACCUAAUCUAAAAAAACUGAGCCAAAAGAACAGCAAUCUUCUGAUUAGGUAAGUUGUUCAGUAUUCAUAAUUUAAAACAUUUUUUAAAAUUUUACUAAACCAUGAGCUUCAAGCUCCUCAAUACAAUUUUCAUUAUUUCCUGGUUCAAAAUAACAAGAUACCACCCUGCUAAUUUUUAGUAAGAGAGUAUUCUGAGGAUCACAACAUAAUUUAUCCUGUGCUGUAUAUAGUC